GACAAGAUGCAGCAGGAGCGACAGUCGCCUCAGUCGCAGUCGCAGACGCAGCCUCCGGCUUAUACCCAACAUGACCCGCGCUCUUUGAAUCUGCCCUCGGUGCCAACCCACACUCUGCCAUCGUUGCGCAGCCUCGACCUUCCCGAUACCCAACGCCUUCAAGCCCGCGGCGCCAGCCUGGAUCUGAGUCCCAAAUCCGCUCCCUCCCAAUGGUCCCAGCUGUCCUCUCUUCACACCUCCGCUUUCCCUCGCGUUCCCGAUGGCGAUGUCGGCAGCCCUAUGGAUACUUGCAGUGUCGCCAGUGCCAACGAUGACCUCCCACGAGAGAUGAGCGUCAGUGUCGAUGACCCAGACGUCCGACUUGCUGCCGAGGCUUUGAGCGGCCUGGGCAAUCCAGACUUUGCUCGUUCCCCUACUUCGCGCUCCAUGACCCUCUCCGCCCGUCCACCCACCGUCAUUCCUACCGAGCCAGAGCCCCUCCUCAAUCUGCUCACGUCUGCCCAUCCCUGGCUCGGCGGCAGCAUCAAUGGCUCCAUAUCCGCCUACAAUACCACCAAAACCUACUCACCGCGAUUUGUCAAAUAUGGCGCAGAGCUCAUCGAACGUAAUAUCGGUUCGCCCGUGGUCAAUACCGUAUCGUCUGUAGGAAGACGGACCGGCGUGGAACAAAAUCUCAGAAGGUACCUAGGCGACAUACACAGACGUCCCAGCGACAUCGAGCAAGGCGAGACCGAAACCGAGCGCCGCAAGAGGCAGCGCAUCAUGAGCCCCACCGACUCGGAUGCAAUGGACAUUGAGGAAGGCACCACUUCCUCUCGAAUACGAGGCGGUUCUCAAUCCUCCUACGCCGAGUCGUUGCCCGCCUAUGACGACCAGCGCUCGCCAAAGUACGAAGAGAGUGCGGCGACCGCCCAAGAGCAGAAAUCCGACUCCACCCAGGAUCGUCGCGUGAACUGGUCCACCCAGUUGAUCAUGACGACCUCGGGGCUCGGCGUCGCCCUAUCCGAUACAUCCCUCAAAUCCCUCAAGAUUUGUCUUGGUCUACUUCGAAGUGCGACAAAGCACAUUGACAGCGUCAUGCAUGCCCUCAAACUGCUUCUCGAGGAGUACGAGGCUGCGCUUCAAAACAGCCGACAAUCCAACGGCUACGCCAAUGAAAAGACUGCGGAAACAGAAGAGGACGAGCAGGUCCGCCGCCUGGCGACCCGCAUGAAGUCCCUUUCUACCGACAUCUGGAACACCCUGCAAACCGUAGUUCAACACGUGUCCCGCUAUACAGGCGGCGCACUUCCACAGAAUGCAUCGCAAGUGGUGCGCACCCAACUGUUGUCUGUACCACAAAGAUGGCAGCUCGCGAGCCGUAGCACAGCGGCCGAAGAGCAGCAGCUCCAGGGCGAAGAGGUUCGGGGCGCUAACCGCAUGCUCGCCUUCGCCAAAGAGGGCCUGGACAUGAUGGGUCAAAUCACAGCAGCCGUGGACGGUACGGUCCAGAGCGCAGAGACUUGGUUGGCCAGGAUUGGACGACGCCCCGCCGAGCAGCAGCCAGAAAACGGUGAGAGUAGUUCUGCAGCCGGCGAGAAGGCGCCGCUCAUGGAGAUCAAGAUCGGGGCUGGGGACAAGCAAUAGCGGUGCCUCUUCUUCUAGUACCACUUACGAGCAUGGUAAAGAAAAAUACAGCAAACCCUGCUAGUAGUAUGGUCAAAACAAAGACUUGUCGAACCAACCCUGGGGCAUUCUCGUGUGCCUUCUCCCGUUUUUCAAAAAACAUUAAAUCUGAAGAACAGCGUCACGCUGGCAUAGUGUAUCAAUCUCCUUUGUAUAUUGAUGGAGCUUCUAUUGUUCAUUUACAAAAUCCUCUUAUUCUCCCUCUAGGUUCUUCCAUCUGAAUGUUUCUUUUUCAUCGUUUUCGAGAAGCAUGCCCUUAGUCUGGUUUUUUUUUCCUCCUCGCUCGAACCUGUUUUUCUUCAUCAACACUGGUAGAAUUGUCUUCUUUCCUCUUUUACCCCGUCCAC